AUGGCCAGCACCCAAGGAUCUCAACCCGAAACCAAGAGCUACACCCCAUCCGUCUUCAGCCAAGAAACCCUCCCUGCCCGCUCCGAUGACUACCACUACGUCUCCACGCGCGUCGUAAAGGAAAUACCCAAAGCCAAGGCGCCUGCUGACACGAUGAGUGCGUUGAGCAAGUUUAAGAUGAUGUUGAAGCCUCCUGUCGUGAAGGCGGUUGAGGCUCUGCCGAGUCAUGAGGGGAAGUCGUAUCAUGUCGACGAGGAGGGGCGCAUUAUUGAGAUUACGGUGAGGAGAGCAGGUACAUCGCGCAACGUCUUUGCUAAUGGCGAUGGUGGCGGUGGCGGAGGGUCUUGA